AUUAACGUGGAGAAGAGGCUUUCAAUCUGUGACCGGAUUACGAAUUAACGUGGAGAAGAGUGUGAUGUUCCCUGUUGGCAAUGUUGGUAAUCCGGAUGUUUUUGCUAGAAUUUUUGGGUGCGGUUGGAAUUUUCUGCCUACUAUUUACCUUGGUGCCCCCCUCGGAGCUAGCCCAAAUUCCUCAGCGAUUUGGAACAAGGUGCUGUCCAGAUUACAGUCGAGACUUGAAGGUUGGAGGGGAAAAUUUCUGUCGCUAGGUGGCCGGAUUGUCCUUUGUAAAAGCAGCCUUACAAGUCAGCCUUUAUACUUAUUCUCCUUGUUAAAAGCCCCGAAAACCACGAUUCAGAAGAUGGAGAGAUUGGAAUGCAGGUUCAUUUGGGCAGGUGUCCAAGAUAAAAGCACAUAUCAUCUUGUUCGAUGGGAUGUGUGCAAAUCGACCAAGGAAAGAGGCGGUUUGGGUAUCCUUGAUCUCGGCUGUAUGAACUCUGCCUUGCUGUGUAAAUGGUUUUGGAAAUAUGCCUUGGAACCAUCUUCUUGGUGGCGUAAUCUUAUCGAUGUCAAGUAUCUUCGAACUUCUUCCGAGUGGAGGGCUGGGAAUGGCGUAGGUCCGAUUGGUUGCUCAAUUUGGAGAUGCAUUAUGAAGGAAGAAAAUAUGUUUUGGAAGUUUGCUUCUGUUAGCCCGGGUGGCGGGGCUUGGGUGUCUUUUUGGAAUGACUGCUGGAUCCCGGGGAAGAUGCUGAAAGAUUCCUAUCCUAGGGUUGCGGCUGCAUCCUCAAACCGGGAUGCUUGGGUGUCUGAUCUCAUAUCCUUUGAUAAUGAGCGUGUGGUGUGGGAUUUUCCUUUAAUGUACUCUCUAAGGGGUGGGGCUGAUCGUGAGAGGAAUGAUCUCUUGAAUUUGUUAUCUCUUUUACCCCAUGAUUUGAUUAAUGCAGGUCCGGCCAAGCUGAUUUGGAACCCCAGUCCAAAGGAUGGUUUUUCGGUGAACUCCAUGUAUCGUGCCCUGAUUCAUGAUAGAAUGGUGGGCCUCGACAAUUUUCCAUUCAAGGUGGUGUGGCAACCGCACGUUCCGUCUAAGGUGAAUGCGUUUCUUUGGUUGAUCAUGCACAGACGCAUUCUAACUCAUGAAAAUUUGAAGAGAAGGGGCUGGUCCCUUGCAAGCAGAUGUGUCCUUUGCGAAGAGGCUGAAGAAAGCACCAACCAUCUCCUCUGUCAAUGCCGGUACAGCAGCAGUAUUUGGUGCCUCCUCCAGCAGUUGUUUGGGUUCUUGGGGCCUUUCCCCGACUGCUUUGCUUCUAUUAUACACUGCUGGUCUCCUCGCAGUCAGCUCCCCUGGAUGAGUUCCUUGGCGGCGUGUAUCCUGCACGCAUUUGCCUGGGAGCUUUGGAAGGAAAGGAACAAUAGAAGCUUCCAUGAUAAAAGGUGUGGGUGGCAGGUGGUUUUUCAUAAGACUUGCAGGACUUUACUAAGCUGGGUGAGGGUGACGGGCACUCUAAGUGACUCGCAGAGCGCUGAGUGGUUGUCUCUGGGGCAUAUUUUGUGCCCUCUGCAGAUCCGAAGUGACUCUCGUAUGGGCGCGACCUCUUCUUCUCCUCCCGAUCUAUAGUUGGUUCCUUUGUUUAUUUGUUUCCUUUGCUUUUUUGUUUCCCUCUGCUUACUACGGUUGGGGCGGCCUGGCCCCUUCGCAGAUUUUCUUUUCUUGUUCCUUGGCGGAUCUUUUCUCUUGAUCCGUCGGUUGUAAACUUUCUUGUUUGUGGUUUUUUUUUUUAAUGCAUCAAUCACCAUUAUAAAAAAAAAAGAUUGCUUCUAAACUGAAGAGUACAGAAGAAAACUGCGAUAAUGAUUGAGAUGAUCUUAUUUUUCCACAACAUCGAAGCAACCAAAUUCCUACGUCGUCUUCUCCUUGUCCAGAAUAACCCAAAUGUCUCAACAGAUCACAGAGGUGAAGGUUUCCAGAAGCCAAUGGGCUGGCGUUGCUGUACAAGGAAAUAUACGAUCAUGUUACUUGUGGCAGAAGCAAUUUGUUAUUAAAGGAACUUGAGAACAGGGCAUCAUGCUUUUAGAACUAUUGCUUCUAAUGAAUUACCUUAGCAAUUGGCAACUUUGUUCUCACUGAAUCGAUGAAUGAGAAAUCAAAUAUCAGCCACAGCUGAAACUUCAUUUCUGGUGUCUAUCUUUCUGAGCGGCGGCUAGUCGGACUGAGUUCGACGCCAUAGUUGCUGGCUCGCCGGAGCAGGCAAAAGCACGUGAGCUAACGGUCAGCGAUCAGGGAGGCACGUGGUCGGGGAUCGGAGGAGUAAACGGAAGUUUUCACGGGAAGCUUUGUUAGCGAACUAACCACUUGGUCCCAAUAACUCGAGUUGUUGGGAAAGGGAUAGUUAAGCCUUUUAACCUCUUAUACGCCCCCUCAAACGAAAGCCGAUGCCAAAUUGUGGAUUUUUACGGUUUGCACAGGUUGAACCCUUGUGCUGCCAAACCACGAGGCUUUAGUUUGCACAGGUUGGACAUACCAUUCCUUGUGCUAAACGAAUUGGCAUGAAAUGGGGGUCGUUAUGAGGAUUCGAAACCAUGACCUUUCGGUUCUAGGCUCUGAUACCAUGUUAGCGAACUAACCACUUGGUCCCAAUAACUCGAGUUGUUGGGAAAGGGAUAGUUAAGCCUUUUAACCUCUUAUAAGCUUGGGAGAGUGACGUGGAAAAGAGUGGCAUCGUUUCCAUCGGAAAUCACCCAUUUCCUGACAGUUCACAAACAAACCAAUAUGUUACUAUUCCUUAGGGGUGAGCAACGGUUCGGUCCGGACCGGACCAACUUACGAGAACCGCGGUCCAUUAGUAAAGACAUCUUAGGAUCAAGGACCGAAUCGUCAUUGAGUUCGAUCCAUUUGGUUCGAAAAUCAAUUCGGUCCAUCAUUUUUUCAGUAAUUGUAAAAUUCAUGUUGACCAAAGACCGGACAGCAUUAUAUUCGGUCCGGUCCGGUCCCGGCUCCUGAUUUUCUUGUUCCAGUCCAUUCUAGGUUUUACUGCUUAGCAAGUGGUAAAUUGAAUGUUUGACAACAGGAAUAAUGAGCUUAUUAUCCCUGUAGAGUCAAAACUAUGGGGGUCUCCAACUGCAAUCCAUCUUUGCCUUUUGAGUUGAGAAAAGGAGAACCAAUCUUUAGAAGACACAAGUAUUUAAACUAGUUGAAUUGUUAUGUAUGCGGGAUAUCGACGAUAUGUAAUUUAAAGUAGGACAUAGAUGUAUAAUUUCUAAGUAAAAUAUCACAAGUAUA